AUGAGCUCCAGCAGGAACCACGCGUUGCCGUCGUCCAAAAAGACACAUUCCGAGCGCCACAAGCAGAUCCUACGCCAGCUCUCUAAAGAAACGGCUAAUAAGACUUGUGCAGAUUGCAAAACUGCCGCUCACCCUAGAUGGGCGUCGUGGAAUUUAGGAUGUUUUGUUUGUAUACGGUGUUCGGGUAUCCAUAGAUCGAUGGGUACACACAUAUCCAAGGUCAAAUCUGUCGACUUGGAUGCUUGGACGGAUGAACAGGUGGAGCUGAUGGUGAAAUGGGGUAAUGCCAAAUGCAACAUGUACUGGGAAGCCAAGCUACCUGAAGGGUAUAUUCCUGACCAACUGAAGAUUGAUAAUUUCAUUCGCACCAAAUAUGACCUACGCAAAUGGACUUCUUCUCCACAAGUGCCCGAUCCGCUCAAAAUGGGGCCGGUGAACAAGCAGAUAUCGGUCAAUGAAAACCAUCAAAAGAGUGUUCUAGACACCCCACUUGCCACUAAAUCCGCAUCUGGCUCUGAUAGCUCGCACACUGCAUCUCUCUUGGACGACUUUGGCUCGUUUGUGACCAGCAAUAAGCCGGCAACGACGGCUCUGAAGGGAACUCUGGAACCGCCCGUACAAAGGGUUAACCUGGCAGCUCUGGCCCCUGUCGCCCUUCCUUCCCAUAACGCUGUGCCUUCUCCCAUGCUGACUCCACCUGAAAGGAGUAAUUCUAACGGGCGUCCCGACUUGAAAAAAUCGAUUCUUUCCCUCUAUUCAUCACCAUCCAACUCAACUCCAACGUUAACUGGAAAACAGCCAUACUCGUUGUCAAACUCGUUAAGUGGACUCAAUUUAGGCGCUUCACCAUCACAGCCUCGGGCUACAACCUCCAGUUCGUCCAGUUUGGUGUACUCCGAGACCCCCAAAACUCAAUCGCAACAGCCACAACAGUCCCAAUCCCAGGCUGGAUGGGGUAAUGAUUGGGCUGACACUACAUGGAAACAGACUCCUGCGACAUCAGGGGCAGCAGCAUUGAACAAUGCUCUCGACGAAGAUUUGUUCCGCAACGUGUGGAAGCAAUAG